CAUGACGUAGCGCUACAGCCAUAUAAAUUCCAUCCACUCGCUCAUUCAUCAAACCUUUUUUCUUUCACACAAAAAUAACAAAAAAAAAUCAAUAAAAACACCAACCGCCAUUUUCUUUUCUCAAUCAUCAGCUCUCUCUUUCGAAACCCAGCAAAAAAAUGUCAUCAGCAGCAAUGAAAGGAAUAGUUAUAAGGACUACACCGGACGUGAAUAAGCAGAGGCUGUUCAAAGGAAAAUACUUGGAUCAAUAUCAGCUUAACGUUGUUAGAGAUCAGAACCGUUCAGUUUUUGGCGUGGUGAAGCCAAGGUCAUGUGGUCGUGUUGGAGGAAUUAGUACUCGUUGCAUGGUCCAAGAAUGUUGUUAUUUCCUUAGCAAUGGAAAGAACAUGUCGAGUUCGAGACAGAAGAUGCUUGAGACACGGGCACAAGCCAUCCUUACCCUGGUCUCUGAUCCAACACCAACUAUGAAAAAGGCACGCUCUUUUAUUUCUCUUAACCAAAUACUCGGACUGCCUUCUUUGUAUCCAAUAAAUGGAGACCGCUUAACAGCAGAGAGUACACCGCAUGAGGUUGUGAUUGGGUCGAAUAACCUACAGCUUAAGCUGGGAGAGAAAGGAGCAAAACCGGCAGAGAUGUCAAGUAUCGGGUUAUCAGUUCCACAUGGACUUACCAUAUCAACGGAAGCAUGCCAGGAGUAUCAGCAGCAUGGGAUGCAGCUACAAGAAGGCCUGUGGAAGGAGAUAUUGGAAGGCUUGAAGACUGUGGAAGAGGACAUGGGUGCCAUCCUUGGUGACCCUGACAAGCCACUCCUCCUAUCUGUUCGUUCUGGUGCUGCGAUAUCGAUGCCUGGUAUGAUGGACACUGUCCUUAACCUUGGACUGAAUGAUGAAGUGGUUGUUGGUUUGGCUGCAAAAAGUGGGGAGCGUUUUGCUUAUGACUCUUAUCGACGUUUCCUAGAUAUGUUUGGAGAUGUUGUCAUGGGUAUUCCACAUUCAUUGUUUGAGGAGAAGUUAGAGAAAAUGAAAGAAGCAAAAGGAGCUAAACUUGACACUGAUCUAACAUCAUCUGAUCUCAAAGAGCUGGUAGAACGGUACAAGAAUGUUUAUUUAGAAGCCAAGGGUGAAAAGUUUCCUUCAGAUCCAAAGAAGCAGUUAUUGUUGUCUGUUAAGGCCGUUUUUGAUUCUUGGGACAGUCCAAGGGCCAUUAAAUAUAGAAGCAUCAAUCAGAUAACUGGCUUAAAGGGAACAGCAGUAAAUAUUCAGACAAUGGUGUUUGGAAACAUGGGAAAUACUUCAGGGACAGGGGUUUUGUUCACUAGAAAUCCAAGCACUGGUGAAAAGAAGCUGUAUGGGGAAUUUCUAGUAAAUGCUCAGGGAGAGGAUGUUGUUGCUGGAAUUAGAACACCGGAAGAAUUGGACACAAUGAAAAGUUACAUGCCCGAAGCUUACAAAGAGCUUGUUCAGAACUGUGAGAUUCUUGAGCGACACUACAAAGAUAUCAUGGACAUUGAGUUCACAGUUCAAGAUAAUAGGUUAUGGAUGCUGCAAUGUCGAUCUGGAAAGCGUACUGGUAAAGGUGCAGUGAAGAUAGCUGUAGACAUGGCAAAUGAAGGGCUUGUUGAUAAACACACUGCAAUUAAGAUGGUGGAACCACAACACGUAGACCAGCUUCUUCAUCCACAGUUUGAGGAACCUUCUGCUUACAAAGACAAAGUGGUUGCCACGGGCUUACCAGCUUCUCCUGGAGCAGCAGUGGGGCAGAUUGUGUUCAGUGCUGAUGAUGCUGAAGAAUGGCACGCACAAGGAAAGAGUGUCAUCUUGGUAAGGACAGAAACCAGUCCGGAGGAUGUUGGAGGCAUGCAUGCGGCUGCUGGGAUUUUGACAGCAAGGGGUGGAAUGACAUCUCAUGCAGCUGUUGUAGCACGUGGAUGGGGAAAGUGUUGUGUUUCUGGCUGUUCAGAUAUUCGUGUGAAUGAUGCUGAGAAAGUUCUCACAGUUGGAGACAUAGUGAUCAAAGAAGGAGAAUGGCUUUCACUCAAUGGUUCUACUGGUGAAGUGAUUAUAGGAAAACAGCCACUUUGUCCUCCAGCAUUAAGUGGUGAUUUGGAAACCUUUAUGUCUUGGGCUGAUCAAGUUAGGCGCCUCGAGGUAAUGGCAAAUGCUGACACACCCGAAGAUGCACUAACAGCAAGAAAUAAUGGUGCUCAAGGGAUCGGCCUAUGUAGGACAGAACACAUGUUCUUUGCUUCAAAUGAGAGGAUAAAGGCUGUCAGAAAGAUGAUAAUGGCAGUAACACCUGAACAGAGGAAAGCAGCUCUUGACCUCUUACUUCCUUAUCAAAGAUCUGACUUCGAGGGAAUUUUCCGUGCAAUGGAUGGUCUUCCAGUAACAAUCCGAUUGUUAGACCCUCCUCUCCAUGAAUUUCUACCAGAAGGUGACUUAGAACAGAUUGUAAGUGAAUUAACUUCAGAGACUGGCAUGACUGAAGAUGAAGUUUUGUCAAGAAUUGAAAAGUUAUCAGAAGUGAAUCCCAUGCUUGGUUUUCGCGGCUGCAGGCUGGGGAUAUCAUACCCUGAAUUAACUGAGAUGCAGGCGUGUGCCAUCUUUCAGGCUGGUCUCUCAAUGAGCAACCAAGGAGUUAAAGUUCUUCCUGAGAUAAUGGUUCCCCUUGUUGGAACUCCGCAGGAACUUGGUCAUCAAGUUAGUUUAAUACGGAGUAUUGCAAAGAAAGUGUUCUCUGAGAUGGGUUCUUCCUUAAGCUACAAGAUGGGGACAAUGAUUGAAAUCCCCAGAGCUGCCUUAGUUGCCGAUGAGAUUGCAAAGGAAGCAGAAUUCUUCUCCUUUGGGACCAACGAUCUUACACAAAUGACAUUUGGGUAUAGCCGAGAUGAUGUUGGCAAAUUUCUCCCCAUAUACCUAUCCAAUGGCAUUUUGCAAAGUGAUCCAUUUGAGGUUCUUGAUCAGAAAGGUGUAGGCCAACUCAUCAAAAUUGCCACAGAAAGGGGUCGAGGAGCUAGGCCUAACCUGAAGGUUGGAAUUUGUGGAGAGCAUGGAGGGGAGCCUUCUUCUGUUGCAUUCUUUGCAGAAGCUGGAUUGGAUUAUGUUUCAUGCUCUCCAUUUAGGGUUCCAAUUGCCAGGCUAGCAGCAGCACAAGUUGCCAUCUGAUAGCACCAAGCAAGCAACUCCAUAUCAGAUGCUUCAGUAGCUUUAAAUAAAUUUCUUGCUAAAUUAUUUAUAGAAGUAACACCCACAUUAUAGUGGUAUAUAAGCAUAAAUAGGAAAAGUCAGCUCCUGAUAUUGACAAAAUGGAGUUUGAGGAAAAUAAAAAUAAAUCACUUAAUUUGGCAUUUGCCUGUGAGGCUAAGGAUAAGAACAAGAUGAAGCUCAAAAGCCUUAUCUGUGUUGCAUGCCCAUAGUUUUGGUGUUGCAGUAUUAAUCAAACCCUCUGAUUAUAGCCAAUGAUAAGUUAAAACUAGUGCCAUCCAUCCUUUUCUAUGUCUUUGCAAGUGUAUAAAUCUUAUCUAAUCCUUACUCAUCAAUUCUGUCUUUAUAUUGGGAUCCUUCUCUUU